GUAGCUAUGAAGUCACUGUUUCGGACCAUAAAGGAGUGAGUACACAGAAGGGACCGGAAAGAGUCGCUUUCUCGAAAGCCGUGCGGUGCCCGUUGGGGUUUUUUUCUUGCCCCGGAACGCUGUUCCUAUGUCCGCCGAAGAACCUCUGAUGGAUUCCGGUCAAAAGCGCUUGGCGGAGCUCGGCUACAAGCAGGAACUCAAGCGCUCACUCUCGGUUGUCUCGAAUUUUGCGUUCUCCUUUGCCGUGGUUUCGAUCUUGACAGGGAUUACAACGCUCUACAGCACAGGCUUGAGUUAUGGGGGACCGAUCUCCAUGGUAUACGGCUGGCUCGUUGUUGGCUUCUUCACGACGAUUGUAGCUCUUUCGAUGGCAGAGAUAUGCUCUGCGUUCCCAACCUCUGGAGGACUCUACUUCUGGAGCUUCAGUUUAGCUGGCGAGAACUGGGGUCCGUUUGCAGCAUGGAUCACUGGCUGGUUCAACAUUGUUGGUCAGUGGGCCGUGACGACAAGCAUAGACUUUUCUCUAGCCACUCUCCUUCAAGUGAUGGUACUCCUGGGCACAGGUGGUGCAAAUGGGGGUGGUUAUUAUGCCUCCAAGUACGUCGUAAUAGGAUUCCAUGCAGGCAUUUUGUUUCUUCACGGGCUUGUAAAUAGCCUGCCAAUUCAUAUCCUCUCUUUUUUCGGUACCUUUGCCGCGUUCUGGAACUUGAUUGGGGUUUUUGUGCUGAUGAUAUUGAUCCCUGUUUUAGCUCCUCAGACACAGAGACCUGAGUUUGUUUUCAAGUAUUUCAACACAGUGAACAACGAAGGUAUUCACAGCUAUCCGUAUAUUUUUCUUCUUGGAAUUUUGAUGAGCCAAUACACACUUACUGGAUACGAUGCCUCUGCUCAUAUGUCCGAGGAGACGAGAUCAUCAGACAAAAACGGUGCAUUUGGAAUUAUAAGUGCCGUCGUCAUAUCCGUCAUCGUUGGGUGGGGUUACAUUCUUGGAAUCACUUUCGCGAUCAGCGACAUCGGGUUCUUGCUCGAUCCAAACAACGACGCCAAAGGUUAUGCCGUAGCCCAACUCUUUUACACCAUUUUCAAGGAUAAAUAUGGCACUGGAACCGGAGGCAUAGUAUGCCUUGGAAUUGUUGCCGUGGCCAUUUUUUUCUGUGGCAUGAGUUCUGUAACUAGCAACUCAAGGAUGGCCUAUGCUUUCUCAAGGGAUGGCGCCAUGCCGCUCUCUAGCUUCUGGCACACUGUGACUUCGCGUGAAGUUCCCUUGAAUGCGGUCUGGCUUUCCGUCGUGAUUGCGUUUUGCAUGGCUCUUCCGUACUUGGGAAGCAGCGUUGCGUUUCAAGCUAUGGUAUCAAUUGCAACUAUCGGCCUUUACAUUGCAUACGCCCUCCCGAUAUUUUUCCGCGUUACCAUCGCGGCCAAGAGCUUCAUUCCAGGGCCAUUUAACCUGGGGCCUUUUGGAUUUGUUCUGGGAUGGGUGUCAGUUUUAUGGGUGGCGACAAUCACGGUCUUGUUCUGCUUGCCAGUGGCUUACCCGGUCACAGAGACAUCGCUCAACUAUGCACCAGUCGCCGUGGGGGGUGUUUUGAUCCUGGUGGCGACGAGCUGGCUCGUUUACGCUCGGCAUUGGUUCAGAGGGCCUGUAGCGAACAUACAAACCGAGUCAAAGGAGGGUGGAAAUGGAUCGGUUUGAUGGUCUAGCUAUCAAAUCAUUUUUGGACUUGGAAUCUGCAGUGAUGUAGUAGUUUCUGGCUUCUAGGAAUGAACCAAAAUGGUAUAGAAAGUUCUUCUCUCUUUGAUA